GUCAAAUUUCAUGAUGUUCUCCUCGCAAAAAAAAAAUCACGCUGUUCUUCCAUUUGCAUAUGCAGGUUUUGGCAGAAACCCACCCAAACGAGAAGACGACGCACAGCCCAACCAAAAUUCCGGUGAUCCGGUCCCACGUACCAGAAUUCACAGAAUCCAUCACCACCGUCCGUACACACGGAACCGUUCCGAAACCAUCCAGCCCCUGCUCCCAUAAACACCCGACGCGCCGCCGCCUCUCGCCGCCGUUCUCCGUCCCCAAUUCACCCGCGAUCCUCCCAAUUCCGCACCAACCAUCCCACCGGCGGCCACCGCCGAUGGAGACCUAACACCAGAGCCACCCCCUCCCCUCCCCGGCCGGGCAGAUCCACACCUCCAUGGAGACCGAGCGGAUCCGGGAGCUCGUCCUCCUCACGCUGCGCGCGCCGCACGCCCGCCUCGCCCUCGUGGGUGGCAACCACACCGCCGCCCGCUUCUGCACCCGCUAAAGCUCGCCGUCCUCCCUCCCCUCCGCGCCGGCCUUCUCCUCGCCGCCGUCUCAAACGGCAAAACCAAGCGCUCCUGCUCAACCCACGCGACCCGCCCACGAUGCCGGGCGACACCGUCGUGAUCCGGCUCCCCGGCCCGCGCGCCCUCCGCGUGCUCGCGCGCUCCGUGCUCUUCGCCGUCGCGCUUCUCUUCCUGCCCUGGCUCCGCGCCGCUGAGGCGCCCGCCCGGCGCCACACCGCCGACACCUGCGGCGCCGCCGCAGCCCAGGCGGAGCUCCUGCUCCGCGACUUGCGCCGCGAGGGCCUGCUCGCCCCCGGCGCCCGCGCCGUCGUCCUUGGCUCCGACGGCAACUGCGACGCGCCUCCGAAGCAGGACCAGGACGGCGUCCUGCGACCCGCCUCGCUGCGGCGGAUGCUGAUGCUAGGGGACUCGUCGGUAGACUUCCUGCUGGAUUUCGGGUACUUCGACGAGGACGGCGACAGGUUCGCCUUCGCCGAUCGGGUGCUCAAGCAUGGCGGCAUCCUUGCCAUCCCAAUUGACACGUUGAGCGCGUUCAGCUUGCCGCAGAACUACUGCGUCAUCUACACCCGUCGGUUUGCUGAGGCUUUUGUUGCGGUCAAGAAGAUUACGCCCGCCGGCGACAAUGGCGAUGCCGGCGCAAGAAUGGAUGAUUCAUCACUAGCUUCCCUGAAGGAAGGAGUGGUUUCCAGUGAGCCACCUGAGACUGCCAGUCCUGAACUCAAGAACAUGGGGCGCAAGCUCCUACUGUCUGAUCGUAGAGGAUCGUUGCAGAUGCCCCAUCAGGAUCAUAGUCAGAGUUGAUUCAGCAGAUUUAUGAAAUGUGAAGAAGCUGCAACCUGCAGUGGCGUCUAGCAAUUGCAGCAAAGCUUCCAGCCUUCCAGGAGUGCAGCGCAGGCAGCAGCAGCACAUGAGUUGGCUUGAGACUCGAUGGGAAUUGCCUUGUUUUGCUUGUCGCUGUGUUUUCGUUCUCUGUCGGUCGUAUGAGUGUCGACUCUAUGCCGCUAGAUUGCUCGCGUGGACUUUUGCCUGAUAAUAAGUUUCUCAUGUAUCAUCUGAGCCCAACUUUGAUUUUUUGUUCAUUUUCCUUUCCUUUUGACUAUCAUUUCUCUAAAUCAAAGAUAUCCAGAGAAAUCCAGGAAUGGCUGAAGCAGAGCCCGCAAAGCGCUGGGCGAGAUGAUCUCUGACAGU